UCUCUCUCUCUCUCUCUCUCUCUCUCUCUCUCUCUCUCUCUCUCUCUCUCUCGUAAUGCGUGGUUCCAUCUCCGCCAUAAACCUUGAUUUCCCUAAAACCCUAGCUUAUUGAGCAACCGACGUGCUAUUACUUCGGUUUCGUUGUUGAUUCGGAAUCCCUAAUCCAGGAAUCUGCAAUUUUUGCUGCUGCACUCCGCUUGUCUUUUCGUCUCUCCCUGGAUCGUUCUGAUCGACUCGAUAAAUCCACCUGCUGAGUCGCUGACUCGGGGUUGACUCGUCAGCUGUUCCACAUCGUUGUAGGAUUUCAUGCACGUCUCGUUUCGCCGUGUUGAAGAUGUGAUGGUUGUGCAAAAUGGAGGGAGGUAAAGGGAUUUACGGUGCGGAGAACGGGAGUUCAAACUGCGUGGGGAAGCCGCCGAAUCCUCUCUCCUCCUCCGCCUCCACCGCCGGAUACAAGAAGUCGCUGGUUCGAUACCCACCUCUGGUUGAGACAACGUUUUCAGAUAUAUCUAUGGAGAAUGAGUUAAUUAUAGAGAAGAAUGGAAUCAGUGGAUCUGAGUUUGUUCCUUUUCUGCGCUCCGGAGCCUGGUCAGACAUUGGUUCUCGGCCACACAUGGAAGAUGUUUAUCUAUGCAUCGACAAUUUCACGGGUGAUUAUGGCCUCGAGAAUUCUGAGGAUGGACCGAGUGCUUUUUAUGGGGUCUUUGAUGGGCACGGUGGGAAACAUGCUGCUGAUUUUGCUUGUUACCAUUUACCAAGGUUUAUUGUGGAUGAUGAAGAAUUUCCUAAAGAAAUCAAGAAGGUCCUUUCUUCAGCGUUUCUUCGAACAGACACCGCCUUUGCCAGAGCUUGUGCUUUGGAUGUGGGCCUUGCUUCAGGAACCACUGCUUUGGCAGCUAUUAUUUUCGGAAGGUUGUUAGUAGUGGCUAACGCAGGAGACUGUAGAGCAGUACUGUCUCGUCGGGGAAAAGCCAUUGAAAUGUCCAGAGACCACAAACCCGUGUGCAGCAAAGAGAGAAAACGCAUAGAGGCAUCGGGUGGAUACGUAUAUGACGGGUACCUAAACGGGCAACUCAACGUGGCUCGUGCACUGGGCGACUUUCACAUGGAGGGCAUGAAGAAGAAGAAGAAAGAUGGUUCAUAUGGCGGACCGCUCAUUGCCGAGCCCGAGCUCAUGGCAAUGGAGCUAACCGAAGAGGACGAGUUCCUCAUUAUCGGGUGCGACGGGAUCUGGGACGUGUUCAUGAGCCAAAACGCAGUGGAUUUUGCUCGGAGGAGGUUGCAAGAACCCAAUGAUCCUGUCAUGUGUAGUAAGGAGGAUAACGUUGCGGCGGUGGUGGUUUGUUUUCAGACAGAGCCGCCGCCGAGUUUGGUGGUCGGGCCGCCGCCGUCGAGGAGGUUUCACCGGAGCUUCUCGGCCGAAGGUCUCAAGGAGUUACAGAGCUUCUUGGAUAGCCUCAAGUGCUAGAGAGAGAGAGUGAUGGUAAGGUUUUUUUGUUUGUGUUAAUUCGAUUUAAUUUGAGAAGUUUUUAUAUUAAACUGUACAAUAUGCGGCGGCGAAUAUCAUAACAUAUCACGAUUGUUGAGGGUCCAAAUUGAUUUGGUAAUAGUUUACAGUUUGGUAAGUUUA